CCAAAAAAAAACAUGUGUUCAGAAUCGAACAUGUGGUGCUGUGUUUAGCUUUUUUAUUUCUUUUUUAAAAUUGUUAAUUUUUUUUUGAAAAAAUGGAUUCUCAACAAGUAAAUAAAAAAUUUAAACCAAGUUUAAAAUCUAAACAAAGUAAAAAAUUGGCUGGCAAAAAAUUAUCUGGCUCAAAUAAUGAUAAAAAAUCUAAUCAUAAAGCAUUUGCCAUUAAAUCGGCUGUUAAAGCACAAAAACAAUUUCGCCGUAAACAGGAUAUUAUUGCUAAACGUGAACGUUUACCACAAAUUGAUCGUACACCAUUAGAACCACCACCAUUUGUUGUAUCGGUAGUCGGGCCACCAAAAGUUGGUAAAACAACAUUGAUACGUGGUUUGAUCAGGAAUUAUACACGUCAAAAUAUUAGUCAAAUUACUGGUCCAAUUACAAUUGUUUGUAAUAAAAAUCUACGUAUAACAUUGAUUGAAUGUAAUAAUGAUAUUAAUUGUAUGAUUGAUGUGGCAAAAAUAUCCGAUUUAGUUUUACUUGUUGUUGAUGCAAGUUUUGGUUUUGAAAUGGAAACAUUUGAAUUUCUUAAUAUUUGCCAGGCACAUGGUUUUCCACGUAUAAUGGGUGUACUUACACAUUUGGAUGUUUUUAAAAAUCCAAAAAAAUUACGACAAACAAAAAAGCAGUUGAAACAUCGUUUUUGGACCGAAAUUUAUUCGGGUGCAAAACUUUUUUAUCUAUCCAAAAUGAUACAUCAAGAAUAUCUUCGUAAUGAAAUACAUAAUUUAGCACGUUUUAUAUCGGUAAUAAAAUUUCGUCCAAUCGAAUGGAAUUCAACACAUCCAUAUGUCGUUGUUGAUCGUAUGGAAGAUCUGACAAAUCCGGAUGAAAUUCGUUUACAACCAAAAUGUAAUCGUAAAGUUUGUCUAUUCGGUUAUUCACGUGGUUCGAAUUUUAAACCAAAUCAAGCUGUUCAUAUUCCUGGUUGUGGUGAUUUUCAAAUACAUAGUAUUAAUUUUAUACCGGAUCCAUGUCCAUUACCGGAAAAAGAUCCGGAUAAACAGAAAAAACGAAGAUCAUUAAAAGAAAAAGAUAAAUGUAUUUAUGCACCAAUGGCUGGUGUUGGUGGUAUUGUUUUCGAUAAAGAUGCUAUUUAUAUUGAUCUUCGUGGUAGCCAUUCAAUGGAUCAAAAAGAUAAUAAUGAUAAUGAUGGCCAUAACGAAAUGAGUGAACAUGAAAAACUUGUAGCCGAAAUUAAUCAAACUGGACAACCAUUGGAUACACAGAUUUCAUCAUCGGAAAUGAAAUUAUUUUCGAAAACAAUUGAAUCGAAUACAAAUGAUAAUGUUCGACGUAAAGUUGUUUUCGAUGAUGAUGGUAAUGAUAUUGAUGAUGAUGACGACGACGACGAAGAUAAUGAUGAUUAUGAUCAAGAUGAUGAAUCGGACAAUGAAAUUGAUGAUGAAGAACCAAUGGAAGAAAAUUCCGAUGAUGAUCAAGAAAAUAUAGAAUUUUAUGGCAGUUCCGAUGAUGAUGAUGAUGACGAAAUGAAAAACGAAUGGAAAGAUAAUUUAAGAAAAAAAGCAAGCGAAUCAUUUUAUCAACGUAUCGGACGAACAGUAAAUAUACAGGGAUUAGUUUAUGGUAAAAUGGAUUCAAUGAUAAUGCCAACAAAUAACGAUCCUGUAUCGAAUGAUUCGGAUGAACUAUUUCGACCUGUUAAUCAUUCGGAUGAUGUAAAUGUUUCAAAUUCACAUAGUAUGAAAUUUACAUUGAAUUCAUUGGAAUGUACAAAUUUUCCCGAAGAUUUAUUAAUCAAUUUUACCAAUGAUAAUAAUAAUGAUGCAAAAGAAUUGAAUUUAAUUCGUGAUUGUUUUAUCACUGGACAAUGGAAUGAAAAUGAAGAUGCUGAAGCUAUUUUAACAAAAGAUAAAAAUCUUCGUGAUAAACUUGAGCAAGAUGAUGAUGAUGAUGAUGAAUUAUAUGAUGAUUUUGAAGAUUUAGAAAAUGUUGAUGAUAAUGAAAUGGAAACGGAUAAAGUUGAUGAUGAUCAGGAUGAUGAUGAUGAUCUGAUGGACAAGAAAAUGAUGAAAAAACAACAAUUCAAUGAAGAAUAUGAUAAUUUAAAAAGUAAUACGGUUCUCAAUACUGGUGAUGAAAAAAUGUUUAUCGAUUUUGAAAAGGAAAAAAUUCAACAACAAUCAGAACUUAAUCGAAAAGAAUUUGAAAAUAUGUCAAUGGAUCAACGAAUACAAUAUGAAGGUUUUCAAGCUGGCCUUUAUCUUCGAAUCGAAUUAAUACAAGUACCAUGUGAAUUGAUUACGAAUUUUGAUCCAUCAUAUCCGAUAAUUGUUGGUGGUUUACAACAUGGUGAAACUGAUAUUGGUUAUGUUCGUACACGAAUUAAAAAACAUCGUUGGUAUAAUCGUAUAUUGAAAACAAAAGAUCCAUUAAUCAUAUCAUUGGGUUGGCGUCGAUUUCAAACACAACCAUAUUAUUCAAUUGAAGAUCAUAAUGGUCGUAAUCGUUUGCUAAAAUAUACACCACAACAUAUGCAUUGUAUGGCAUCAUUUUGGGGACCAAUUACACCACAAAACACUGGUUUUGUUGCAUUUCAAAGUGUUUCCGAACGAACAUCACAAUUUCGAAUUGCUGCAACCGGUGUUGUGUUGGAUCUGGAUAAAGCAUCACAAAUUGUUAAAAAACUUAAAUUAAUUGGACGACCGAUAAAAGUUUAUAAGAAAACAGCAUUCAUUGGUGAAAUGUUUAAUUCACCAUUGGAAGUAACAAAAUUUGAAGGUGCUGCAAUACGAACUGUUAGCGGUAUUCGUGGACAGAUUAAAAAACCAAUACGAUCACCUGAUGGUGCAUUUCGUGCAACAUUUGAAGAUAAAAUUUCUGCAAAUGAUUUAGUUUUUCUUCGUACAUGGGUUAAUGUACCGGUUGCUAAAUUCUAUGCAACCGUUACAUCAUUAUUAAUGCCAAUCGAACAAAAAGAUCAAUGGAUUGGUAUGAAAACUGUUGGUCGUUUACGUUUUGAAAAUCAAAUUGCCGUAACGAAUAAUCCAAAAUCAUAUUAUCAAGAAUCCAAAAGAAAAGAAUAUCAUUUCAAACCGAUGAUUAUACCGAAUAAAUUACAAGAAGAAUUACCAUUCCGUUCGAAACCAAAAUUAAUACCGAAAAAAUCACAAAAAAUUGAUAGAAUUGCUGUUAUAAAAGAUUCACAUGAAAGACGUACGGAUAAUUUAUUGAAAAAAUUAAAUUUGGUUUAUAAAGAAACCAAACGACAAGAUCGUUUAGUAAUGGAAAAACGUUCAGAGCAACAUCGAAAAACAAUGGCUAAAAUUGAAAAAGGACGUGAAGAAAAAGAGAGAGAACGAAAAAAACAUAUAAUGCGUCAGCUAGGGAAAUCACAUAAAAUUUAAAUUUUUUUCAUUUGAAAACUUUUAAUAAAUUUUUCUUUCUUCGUUA